AUGUCAACUUCUAAUAACAUGUCAAAUGGAAAUAUAUUUAUGAAAACGUUUAAAAAGUUGAAACUUAAAGGAAAGGGCACUUUUGGUGAAACGAUUAUCGAUAAUAAACACAUUGUUUUCGGACGAGAAAAGGAAGAAAUAUUGAAUGUUUUUGAAUAUUACAUGUCGUGUGAAAUAUUCAAAGAACUGUUAGAAUGCGUUCAAUAUCUGCACGAAUCUGAGCCACAAAUCAUUCAUCGAGACCUCAAACCUUCAAAUAUAUUAAUUUCUAAAGUAGGCGAUAAAACAACAAAUCGAUUCAUAAGAUUAGGUGACUUCGGGUCCGCCACUUAUCACUCUAUGACAAUGGCAUCCAUGAGUCACACCUCUAAUGUAGGGACAGCACAAUAUAUGGCAAUUGAGUUAAAUCAGUCCCGAUAUACUAUUAAGGUUGACAUAUACAGCAUGGGUGUGAUUGCAAACCAUUUGCUCAAUUUAUUCGAGGUUGGUGAUCAAAUGAAUGAAUAUAAUUCAACC